AGGGUGGGAGGGAAGGAGAGAGAGGCGUCACCCUUGACUCGAAGCAAAGUCUCGGUCUGUCAUUCACUGGACGCACGUGUUUCGGGGUUCGGGGGCAAGAGCGGAGUGUUGGCCGAGAUCCGGGCUGUCCCCCCGGCAGAGGGGGCUGAAACCGCCCGGGGCGGGGAAGCCGGCUUGAGUUUCACUUACUCUUCGCCCGCCCGCACUCUCUCUGGAGCGCGUAUGGGGGCAUCUGCCGCCGAGGACUCUGCCUCCCCGGUCCGGCGCUCUCGGUCGCAAGCGGUGACAGCGCAUUCCUGAAGUGAGAACUCUCCCCUCCGCCGGGCGCCCCGCGGCGAUGACUUCGGUCUGGAAGAGGCUUCAGCGGGUCAACAAGCGAGCGUUUAAGUUCCAGUUUGUCGCCUCGUAUCAGGAGCUGACCGUCGAAUGCACCAAGAAAUGGCAGCCCGACAAGCUGAUCGUGGUGUGGACCCGGAGGAACAGGAGGGUGUGUUCAAAGCUGCACAGCUGGCAGCCCGGGAUCAACAAUCCGUAUCGCGGGAUGGUGAUCUGGCCGGUUCCGGAAAACAUCGAAAUCACCGUCACGCUCUACAAGGAUCCCCUCGCCGAGGAAUUCGAUGACAAAUCGUGGACGUUUGUGAUUGAAAAUGAGAGCAAGGGGCGGCGGAAGGUUCUGGCAGCGGUGGACAUCAGCAUGAAGCGGUACGCCAGCCCCACGCCCACCGUGACCGACGUCAGGCUCCAGCUGAAGCCCCUCUCCGUCAAGGUCAUCUCCGCCACGCUCCAGUUCUCCCUAUCCUGCGUCUUCCUGCAAGAGGGCCGGGCCACGGACGAGGACAUGCAGAGCCUGGCCAGCCUGAUGAGCGUGAAGCAGAGUGACGUCGGUAACCUGGACGACUUCGCUGGCGACAGUGACGAGGAGGAGGGAGACCGGAGGAGGUCGUGGCAGGAGGACCGGACGAGCAAGGCGAGGGGCUUUAAGUCUCUCUUUAAGGUGGACCGGCUGAGAGACACCAACGAGCCCCUGGGAGUUCUGGAGGAGGAAGAGGAUCGCCUCGGGACUGGGCUUCAGCAAGAGGUGACCAGGGGUCAGUCAGUUCCCACCCCAGAAAAAGGAACAGAGCCCUGGCACAGACCCGAGGCACAUCUGACCCCAGGCCCUUCGCUCCCACCCUGCCCCGUCACUUAUGGAAACCCUUUCAAGCAGAGUGACGAGCCGCCUGCCCCGCUGGUGGCAAACCAUGGCCCCCAGAAGGAGCAGCCGCCCCCGAGCCCCGCGGGAGAGAGCUCGACCAGGCACCUAGCGGCUGACCAAGAGCCCGGCGAGCGGGGGUCACCCUCCGACCGGCAGCAAGCCAUCGCCAGCGCCGCCGGGCCGACCAAUCCCUUCGAAGACGCCCCGCUGGGUGACCGGGACCUGGGGGUCGCCCCCAAACCCGUUGCUAAGCAACCGGCCGAAGGACCGAAGCAGGAUGGGGUCCAGACGGCCAAUGGGGUGGUGAGUGAGAGACCACUGCCCGCCCCCCGGAUCAAAAAGACGCAGAGCACCGUGACCGCACCAUCGGACUCCACAUCGUUGACCAACGGGGCCUCUCCGGCCACGGCAGACCCUUCAGACUCGUUGAGACCACCCAAGUCACCAGUCAAGGACAAGUCGGCAGCGCCGGCCCCAUCCGCCGAGAAUACCCGGGAAAGUGCCGCCGGUCGCCCCAUGCCAACGCCAUCUGGGCCGGCUCCAUCGCCCGCGGCGACGCCAACCAACCAGAGGGAAUCUGAAGCGCGAACGAAGCGAAAGGCCCCGCCUCCCCCACUGUCAAUAAGCACGAGCGCCCCCUCCCCUGGCAAGGAGGACGCCGGCACGGAGGCUCCAGGAGGGAGGAUACCAACCGGGCCAUUGGUGCAGUGUCCUGGUCAGACCUCGGCACCGGUCAACCCCAGCCGCUCCCUGUUGGACUGGUGCAAGGACGUGACCAAGAGCUACCCCCGGCUGAAGAUAACCAACUUCACCACCUCCUGGAGAAACGGCCUCGCCUUCUGUGCCAUGCUGCAUCACUUCCACCCAGAACUCAUAGACUACAAUUCACUGGAUCCCCAAGACAUCAAGGCCAACAACAGGAAGGCCUUCGACGGCUUCGCCAGCCUGGGCAUCUCGCGGCUGCUGGAGCCCGAGGACAUGGUGCUGCUGGCCAUCCCCGACAAGCUGAUCGUGAUGACCUACCUGUGCCAGAUCCGGGCGCACUUCACGGGCCAGGAGCUGGACGUGGUGACCAUCGAGGAGAACAGCAGCCACAGCACCUACAAGGUGGGGCGCUUCGACUCCGACUCGCACAGCUCCAUCGACCCCGGCCAGUUCUACCAGGAGAGGAGGCCGCCGCCGCCAGCGGCCGCCACGACCGCGGCGCCCCAGAGACCCGCCCGGCCCAAGAAGGAGGCGCAGGGGAGGAACAGCCGGGGCCCGGAGGGUGGGCAGGAGCCCGCCCCGACCCCGGACGUGCCGGUGCCCAUGGCCCGGAGGAAGAGCCGGGGAGCCGAGGCCGAGCAGCAGGGGAAGCCCGUCGCCCCGGUGCCCGAUGACAAGUCGGCGGGGACGGGGACGGGGACGCCCGGCGCGGCCACGAAACCGGAGCAGCACGGGGUUGCGCAAUCCCCGGCAGCGAAGGACAAUGGGAAGCAGGUCGCAGCUGUUGUGGACUCCCCUGCACCGAAGGACCAUGGGAAGCAGGUCGCAAGUAUUGACAUUGCUCCUGCAGCGAAGGACCAUGGGAAGCAGGUCGCAGCUGUUGAGGACUCCCCUGCACCGAAGGACCAUGGGAAGCAGGUCGCAAGUAUUGACAUUGCUCCUGCAGCGAAGGACCAUGGGAAGCAGGUCGCAGCUGUUGUGGACUCCCCUGUACCGAAGGCACAUGGGAAGCAGGUCGCAACUGUUGUGGACUCCCCUGCACCGAAGGACCAUGGGAAGCAGGUCGCAGCUGUUGAGGACUCCCCUGCACCGAAGGACCAUGGGAAGCAGGUCGCAAGUAUUGACAUUGCUCCUGCAGCGAAGGACCAUGGGAAGCAGGUCGCAGCUGUUGUGGACUCCCCUGUACCGAAGGCACAUGGGAAGCAGGUCGCAACUGUUGUGGACUCCCCUGCACCGAAGGACAAUGGGAAGCAGGUCGCAAGUAUUGACAUUUCUCCUGCAGCGAAGGACCAUGGGAAGCAGGUCGCAGCUGUUGCGGACUCCCCUGCAGCGAAGGAAUAUGGGAAGCAGGUCGCAGCUGUUGCGGACUCCCCUGCAGCGAAGGAACACGGGAAGCAGGUCGCAGCUGUUGCGGACUCCUCGGCAGCGAAGGACCACGGGAAGCAGGUCGCAGCUGUUGUGGACUCCACUGCAGCGAAGGAACAUGGGAAGCAGGUCGCAGCUGCUGCGGACUCCUCGGCAGCGAAGGACCAUGGGAAGCAGGUCGCAGCUGUUGUGGACUCCCCUGCACCGAAGGACAAUGGGAAGCAGGUAGCAAGUAUUGACAUAGCUCCUGCAGUGAAGGACCAUGGGAAGCAGGUCGCAGCUGGUUUGGACGCCCCUGCAGCGAAGGACCAUGGGAAGCAGGUCGCAAGCAUCGCCAUCUCUCCUGCGGCGAAGGACCAUUUGGAGCCGGUUGAGGCUGACAAGCAAGUCCUUGAUUCCGUGCCACCGACCGCACCGGUAAGUAACGGGAAGCCGGUGGAUGGGACCCCGGAGAGGAGGAUCAGUGUGGAACUAUCGGCCGCCGGGGCUGUUCCGGAGGAGCACGGGAAGCGGGUCGCAUUGUGUGGGGCUGAACCUGAUGGGAAAACCGUCGGCGAGCCCGGCAAGGCGGCGGCGGCGGCCCCAGCCCCCGGGGAGCAGGCGUUCGCUGGGGCCGACGGGAAGAAGGUCACCGGGCAGCCUCCCGGCGUGGACGUGGAGGAUGCCGGGAGGACGGUCGCCGCCGGGCCGACGCCGGCAGCUCCCGGGGCUCGAUUGGAGACGGCGUCCGGCCGCCCGGAGAGGCCGCAGCGCUCGCUGUCGACGGAGAGCCGCUCCCCCGGGCGCUGCAGCCGCUCGGGCUUCUCGCACCUGAGGGACGCCGACCUGGUGAAGAAGAAGCGGGCGAGGAGGCGCAGCAGCUCGGUGGAGGAUUCGGAUGCUGCCCAGGGACUGGGGGCGGCCGCCAAGCCGGAGCUGGAUGUCAGCGAGGUACAGAUCGAGAUCUGCCCCGAGCCCGGUGCCAAGCUGGCAUCGCCCGGGCAGGACAGGUACCAGCCGGGCACGGAGCAGCGUGGAGAGUUGAAGAGGCAGAAGUCCGUGCAGGAGGAGCAGUCCGUUGGGAAGGAAAACGUUCCGGAGGUCAAGCCCGACGACGACACCCUGCGGUUCCGAGACACCAGUCAGUACGUGCUGGGUGAGCUGACCGCCCUCGAGAGCGAACAGAAGCAGAUCGACUCCCGGGCCGCUGUCGUCGAGAAGCAGCUGCGGCACCUGAUGGCGUCCGGUACGAGCAGGACGGAAGAGGAACUGCUGAUCCAGGAGUGGUUCGUCCUGGUGAACAAGAAGAACGCACUGAUUCGGAGACAGGACCAACUGCAGCUGCUAGAGGAGGAACAGGAUCUGGAGCGGAGGUUCGAGUUGCUGAACAGGGAGCUUCGCGCCAUGAUGGCGAUCGAAGACUGGAAGAAGACCGACGCCCAGCAGCGGAGGGAGCACCUGUUACUCGAGGAGCUGGUCGCCCUGGUCAACCAGCGGGACUCCCUGGUCCGCGAUCUGGACGCGAAGGAGAGAUUCGCGGAAGAGGAGGAUGCUCGGCUGGAACGGGGGCUGGAGCACCAGCGGCGACGGUCCAGCCGGCGGGAGAAAUGUGUAGUGAACUGAACGGGGUUGGGGGGGGGGGGCCCUCCCCGAGCGGGAGGGGGACGGGGCCUGCCCGCGGCCGGAGGGGAGACGCUUGCCGUUGCUUCGCGUAGCUGAGGGGUGGCGACCCUCCCCCCCCCAUACACGCGCGCCCCCGUCCCCGUCGGCGCUGGGAGUACCCGUGUCUGUGGACGUCAACAAGGCCGCAGAAAGCAUCGAUUCGCCUCUGCGUCUCUGUGCUGCGGACGACAGUCCCUCCUUGGGACUUCGAAGUGAAUUUCAUGGCUCCCGUUAGCCCAGCCCUGAGGAUAAGAUGGUAGGGAGGUGGAUGUUAACCCAGGCAGUGUAGGGGGGUGAUGGCAGUGGGAUCCGGGGCCGCACCAGACCUUCGCUCUCCCACAACCCACCCUGUCCCUCCCCGUCUCAGACCCCUAGGAUGCCAGGCAGCCGAUAACCAUAACCAUACCGCUCUCCGCCCGCCCGCCCCCUCCCCGACAAGCUCUGAAGCACCCUGGGGUGGGGUGGGCUCCUCUUGGGUGCUUGAUCUACCUCAGUGCCUCCUACCUACUCGUCCCCCACUUCCGACGGACUCGGUGAUCGAACGGUCUGUGGGGAGGGGGGUGCGGGCAGACGGUCAAAUUCGCAGAUUAAUCAGCCUCGGCGGCGGGGGUUGGGGGGAGCUCGGUCACCGCUUACUCUGCGAGGGCCGAGCAUCGGCCGUCAGGGAGCAUCCUGGGGGGGAGGAAGGGACAGACAACCAAGAGCGGGGGUUCGGGUGGGGAGCGGUGAGGACAGGGGAACCCGAGGGGGGAGGUACGAGUACAGAAGGGGCUGCUGGAGGAAGUGGUGGGUGCGGGUUCCAUAUCAACGUUGGGGAAAGUUUGGAUAGGUGUGGUUCGCAAUAAGAGUCGAGCACCGACUCGAUGGGCCAAAGGGUCUCGUUUCGUGCUCUGGUGCGUUUAUAACUGUGGCGGAGGGAGCGUGCGGGGUCGGACCCCGGGGCAGCCACACUCAGUGGGGGGGGGUGGAUCUUGUGGGGGAGAGCACAAGCGAUGGGUGCAGCCAGCCUGAAAGGUGGAUAUGCGGGGAGCUUCUUUCCCCCCCCGGCAGCUGUCCCUGACCUGCCCGGUGGGGUUAGGGGGCUUUGUUUAUCGGCGGGGUGAAUCCCCCACUGCCAGGUUUGGAACCCACGCGCUCUGCUGUAAAUAACCCCGCCUCCCCAAACGAUCGAGGGACCUUGCCCAGGCAAGAGGCCGUCUGCCCCUACCUCGUCCUCGUCCCUCGUAUGUGUGGACCUACCCUCUGCCUUCCGCCCCCACCGGUCUCAAUUCCGCCGGGCACUUUGGCCCAUCCCCUCGCCUCUCCCCUCUCCUCUUCCCCUCCCCUCCGCUCUCCAGGUGCACACGAUCGAUGGGUUGGUCGGCGGCUGUAAACUGCACCACCCCCCCUCGCCCCAGCAUGUGGGUGGAGUGUGGACUCUGGGGGGUGCGGGGGAAGCCUGGGGGGAGAACGUAUCAGGGUCUAAUGACGAUCGGCGUGCCAAAGGGCCUCGCUCCCUCCAUUCGACGCCCUCACCAAUGAAGCUCCAGCUCUGGGACUGAGGGUGAAGGGUCCUUCUGGGGGUUCUGGAGAACACCAGCUCCCCGACCCCAUUGGCCAUUCCAGAUUGCCAGCUGGCGUGUCGGGCAAAUCCCCUGUCCGGACGGGAAGAUCUCCCUCGGCCAAGUUGCUCGUCAGAAAGCGGACUUUGCUUGGAAUCUGUUCCAUUUUUUUGUUGUUGUUGCACUAUUUAUGAUCUGCUGUUUGGAAUUAAAGCCAUACCA